CUGUUCUUUAAGCGGCUGCCAGCUGGGAGGUCCGUGAAAGGGUCUUCGCCUCCUGCUCUGGUUUUCCGCGGUAGAAGGAUUGGCCUGCUGAGGUAAACACGUUCUCGCUCCUGGCAAACUCACCCUGGGACAGUCCAAGAGAGAGCCCAGGACUGAAUUCCCCAGUGCCUGGAAUCUGAGAAAAAUAUGGCUAGUGCGGGCAGUGAUUCUAGGCAUCUUAUCUCUGAGGUAGAACAUGAAGUACAUCCUGGACCUUUGAAUAUCCAGUUUGAUUCAUCAGAUCUAAGAUCUAAAAGGCCUUUCUAUAUAGAGCCUACCAACAUCGUCAAUGUGAAUGAUGUCAUUCAGAGGGUCAGUGACCAUGCUGCUGCUAUGAACAAGCGGAUUCAUUACUACAGCCGGCUCACCACUCCUGCAGACAAGGCACUGAUUGCUCCAGACCACGUAGUUCCUGCUCCAGAGGAAUGCUAUGUCUAUAGUCCACUGGGCUCUGCCUAUAAACUUAAGAGUUACACUGAAGGCUGCGGUAAAAACACCAGCUUAGUUACUAUUUUUAUGAUUUGGAAUACCAUGAUGGGAACAUCUAUACUAAGUAUUCCUUGGGGCAUAAAACAGGCUGGAUUUACUACUGGGAUGUGUGUCAUCGUGCUGAUGGGCCUUCUAACACUUUAUUGCUGCUAUAGAGUGGUGAAAUCACGGAGUAUGAUAAGUACAUCAGACACAACUACCUGGGAAUUUCCAGAUGUCUGCAAACAUUAUUUUGGCUCCUUUGGGCAAUGGUCAAGUCUCCUUUUCUCCUUGGUAUCUCUCAUUGGAGCAAUGAUAGUUUAUUGGGUGCUUAUGUCUAAUUUUCUUUUUAAUACUGGAAAGUUUAUUUUUAAUUUUAUUCAUCACAUUAAUGACACAGACACUGUACUGAGCACCAAUAAUAGCAACCCUGUGAUUUGUCCCAAUGCUGGGAGUGGUGGCCAUCCUGACAACAGCUCCAUGAUUUUCUAUGACAACGACACAGAAGUGCAGCUGUUUGAGAAGUGGUGGGACAAGUCCAAGACAGUGCCCUUCUACCUUAUAGGGCUCCUGUUGCCGCUGCUCAACUUCAAGUCUCCUUCAUUCUUUUCCAAAUUUAAUAUCUUGGGCACAGUAUCUGUCCUCUAUUUGAUCUUCAUUGUUACCCUGAAGGCUAUUCGCUUAGGAUUCCACCUGGAAUUUCACUGGUUUGUGCCAACAGAAUUUUUUGUACCAGAGAUAAGAGCUCAGUUUCCACAGCUGACAGGGGUGCUUACUCUGGCCUUCUUUAUUCACAAUUGUAUCAUCACACUCUUGAAAAACAACAAGAACCAAGAAAAUAAUGUGAGAGACCUAUGCAUUGCUUAUAUGCUGGUGACAUUGACUUAUCUCUAUAUUGGUGUCCUGGUUUUUGCCUCAUUUCCUUCACCUCCAUUACCCAAAGACUGUAUUGAGCAGAACUUCUUAGACAACUUUCCUAGCAGUGACAUCCUGUCCUUCAUUGCAAGGAUAUUCCUGCUGUUCCAGAUGAUGACUGUGUACCCACUCUUAGGCUACUUGGCUCGUGUCCAGCUCUUGGGCCAUAUCUUCGGUGACAUUUAUCCUAGCAUUUUCCAUGUGCUGAUUCUUAACUUAAUUAUUGUGGGAGCUGGAGUGACCAUGGCCUGUUUCUACCCAAACAUAGGAGGGAUCAUAAGGUAUUCAGGAGCAGCAUGCGGCCUGGCUUUCGUCUUCAUAUACCCUUCUCUCAUCUACAUAAUCUCCCUGUACCAAGAGGAGCGUCUGACAUGGCCUAAGUUGGUGUUUCACGUUAUCAUCAUCAUUUUGGGCCUAGCAAACCUGAUUGCUCAGUUUUUCAUGUGAAAACUGUCUUCUCAAGAUUUCUCAUGGUAUUCUGAACCUUGGCAACGGUUCUGCAUAAAAGAACUUGAAAAUGCUGUCAUUGCUAUAAUUCUAAGUGUUCUUCUAAGAUAAUUGGAAGCAAGGGAAAUGAUGGUCUCUCAUAAGUAUUUUUGUACUCAGGCUGGGUGGGAAUACGUGCUAAGGCUGAUUUUUCUCCGUGACCUUCAUUCCCAUGUAUCCAAGUAGAAAUGUGGGGGAAAGAUACAGAUGUUUCUGUUGAUAAGUUAGGUGGGUUUGUUUCACUCACGGCAAGGAAUCUCAGGGGACUUGGGUCAGGGCAUGUUGCCAGACCCUGUGUGUGCUUCUGUGUGUGUUCUUCCACCUUCUUACUUGCUGGGCCAUCUCUACAGUUUGCCCAUACCUCUGCUGUCUCCAAUAGUAAAACAAAUACCUCAUUUUAAAAGAAGUUUCCAUGGCAUCAUUAUUAAUGGGAUGAAUUCCUAACUCAAUACUUAAUCUGAAGAACUAAAACCUUUAAAUAGUGUUAGUCCAUCAAAACCUGUGUGUCACAUAGGGCCAGUGGGAUGGUUGGUGUGUCAGGGAGCAUUUAGGUGACAGGGUAAGAGGACCUGGAGGGUAAGGUCAUCCUCAGUUUCACAGCCAGUUUGUCUCUUGGGGGGAUGAGUUGUUUGUUUAUUUUAGUUUUUUUCCCCCUUGGGAAAGGCUUUCUUUAUGUAUCCCUGGCUGUCCUGAAACUCCAUCUGGGGACCAAGCUGGUUAUGGCCAGUUUGAAACCACCCUGGCUAUAUAAAGCUUUGUCUCAAGACACUAAAAGAAAAGAGAGAGAAAACCAAAAGAAAUUGUCAGAUACACUUCUGCAGAGUCUGUUGCUAUCUGACUCUUAAUUCUAAUCCAGUCCCAGAGACUGAAGGUUGCAAUUCCAAAGCCAGAUCUCACACCUGAACAAAAGCAAUUGUCCUUUCGUCUCACCCUUGAGAACUACACAGACUGUCGUGGAGCCCAGUGGAGGAAGCACACAUGGAGGUGGGUAUAUGCGGCUCUUCAGAAGAGAGAGAAAUAGUUAGGAAGGGUAGGACUGUCCAGUGUACCCCGAGUCAGCCUGGUUCAGGUGUGACCUCCAGGAGCCCACACCAUCUACCUGCUCCUGUAACAGGAAGGGAACAGUUAGGUCUUGCAAGAAAAGCUUCUGAAAAGAAGAUGGAGAAAUCCAGAUUCUUAGAGUUACCACUCUUGCCAUCUUCAUUCUGAACAAAAAGCUGAAGCAGAAUCCAGAUCUGUCUGUCUCCCCACAACUACAGGCAUUUAGAUGUCUCUAAUUUUGAUUACAUUGUUUAAAAUGUAUCAUGUUCCACCUCCCAGACACUGUCAUGUUCUUCAAAAACAACAGGUAGAAUGUUUUUCCUAAAUGUAGUAAGCAGCCCCAGAUUUAAGACCAGCUUCCAUUUCUUUUAGCAUAGCUUUACAUCCUACUAGAGCAUGGUCUAUGUUCAUAAGGAUCUGUAAUUUCUAAUACUUGAUAAAGUCUUAUUAUGAAAACUGUCAAGCAAAUACACAAAUAGAAUAAUACAGAAAACACCCAGUACACCAAUCCCUAGGUUUAAUAAUUACAGGGUUAGCUGAAUUUUCUUCACCUGCUUUCUCCCACUUUUUCUUUUCUACUGACAUAUUUUAAAAACUUGUCUCAGACAUUAGGUCACUUCAUUUCUACAAACCUUAAUAUUCAGCUAAUAGCCCAACCUCUGAACCUAGUUACAUUUAUCAUGGAACUAGUCUCAAAGGCUCUGGCUUACACAGGCGGCCGUAGAUGUUGGCUUGCAAGGGACCAUGCUUGAGAAACUCUGGAACUUCAUGACUGCAAAGUCCUUCUGUUAAGGGACAUUUGAGUCAGAGCUGGGUGUUGUAAGAGAUGUCCCUGACUUAAUCCCACUAUGUUCUUGGUAGUUUCUUUUGUCUUUGAGAACUUUAGACAAUUUUCACUCCUUUUUUUUCCCCAAAGAUGUUCUUGGAUGUGUUAACACUUUAAGCUUUAACAAUCAAGGAUAAUUGGAUGCGUUUUUGCUCAUUUCAUAGACAAAAGAUAAAAGAAAUACAGCAAAGGAUGCUACCCUCCAGAUGAAAAAGUAGUACAGAUUUAUGCUUUUGUUUUCUUAAGAACACUUAACGCUUUAGACAACCUCCUGAUGUCCUGUUAGACAAGCCAAUGACUUUGUCCCCUUACGAUUUUGAUUUUGUUUUUCUCCAUGAGACUCCCUUGGCCUGUCACUUGCUUAGUCAGAGAACUCUGCGUGAGUGUGUGUGUCCCGGCUCGUGUGAGAACGGUGAGGUAAGAACCCACAUGCAGCCAUCUUCCCCUUUGUCUCUCUGCUCUCAUCUCUGAACUUUCUAAUUAAGCCACUCUGCCCUUCUCACUCUGCCUGGGCUGGCCUUCUGACUGGGCCUCUUUAACACACACCUGAGGACUCUAAAAUCUAAAAUGAGCUGUUUAGUGUGCUCUUCCUUAGAAAUCCUGUAGAUGAACUUGAGCUGUGCUAAUAUUAAAGCUAGAAAGGGGAAAUAGAGGUAAGUUGUAUACCUGUGGACGUGGACAAUUGUGCCAAGCCAUUGGCAUCGGCGCACCCCAAAGAUGUGUUUGGAAUGAGGAAUACCUAAUUAUACCCCUUGGAAGAGGCUAUCUUAAAGGGAAAUGCUUCGUUUACAUUAAACAUGUUUUAGAAAUGCUGUUCCACUACUCACUGUAGCUGUGGGCUCCUUCUCUGCUUCUACUUGAAACCUACCAAGGAAAUGUUUGAUGUGUGUUUUUAAUUAUCAGUCCCUUAAGUGUUCUGUUUAAAUAAUUGAAUAGCCGGCAAUGUACGUGACUUUGGAGGAGCUAAAGGCAUGUAAGACAGUAUGCAUGCCCUAGAGGAGCUUUUUUUUCCUUUAAACUAAUGAAGAAAGAGUGUGCUCACUCGGCAGUGCCAGUGCACCAAGCAGUUAACUGAGCACUGUGAGAGCAGCAUCGAACCCUUGGGGGCAGGGCCAUGGCAGAGGAGGAGGGGCUGCUCAGAAGCAGAAGACCCAUUUUCACUUCCCUGCUAUUCUCCUGGAUUGCACCCUGUGCUCACCAGCUAGUAGAGAUGUGUUACAUAUAUUUGCUUCUCUGGAAUUUGCAGAUGUCCUCUAAAAUGUAUUUUGUGACAUUUAGUUGCUUCUUUGUGCUGUUAUUCUUUCUUCUCUAUUAACCCUGGAGUAUUUAUUUCCUAUGUCUCUUGGACAGAAAGCAUAAUUGCUUAAUGAGGGAUGUAAUUAGUAAUACAGUGGGUGCUACAGACAUUUAUAAAGUUUCCAAAAUUUUAAUUUCUUUAAAUAUUAUGAAUAUUCAAAAUGUCAAAUGUUUACAUUCAUUGAUGUAAUAGUGUUUUUGUUUCAUUUUGUUUCUGUUACUGUGAUAAAAUACUAUGACCGAAA